GUGACUGCAGAGAUCUACACCAUGAUGGUCACAAAGUCAUCUCCCCUGAAAAAGCUGCAGACAAGGUAUAGCCACAAAUGCAGACAAAAUUUCGUGGGAUUGAGAGAAAAUUAUCUAAAGGUGAGAAAACAUUACUUAAAAUUGAUGCAACAUUGGCAAAACUCCAAGAAAAUGAACGCUCUGUCCAGCAGCAGAUAAAAGAUCGCGCAGCUCACCUACGCCACCUGGUAGAUCAAAAAGAGAAGACCUUACUACAGGAGCUUUGCCAAGAAACCAGCACUCACAAGAAAAAAUUACAAACUUUCCGCAAUAACUGCAGUGCCACAUGCUCCUCCAUCAAAACCGCAACAGAUGUAGUAAAGAACAUCCUUAAGCAUGGUGCCCCCAUAGAUGUCCUCAUGUUACAACACCAACAUGGAAAGAAACUAGAUGAACUACGGUUCACUUCAGCUGUGGAGAAAAUUCCCGAAGAAGUAAAUCUCACAUUUUCCACCAACACAGAAGUGGACCAAGAGAUAUCCAGUGGGGAUGGCCUCGGGAAUGUACAGAUAUCUAGACAACCAGCUUUGCCCAAGUUUAAACCACAGGCUGAAUGUAUGCUGGAGUUUGACACUGGCUGUUGGAGACCAGUCGACAUUGCAUUGAGUCCAAAUGGGAAUUAUGUUACUACACAUGACGUCAAAAAUAAGGUAAAGGUUUUUCGUUCAGAUGGUACAUUUAGCAAGGAGAUCACAAAUGUUUCAGACACAAAAAUGAAAUGGCCAGUAGGGAUUUGUCACUUCCCUGAUGGAAGGAUGGUUCUAGCCUGUAGAGACAAUAACAAACUGUUCAUCUUGUCACCACAGUGCGAUGUACAGCAAACUGUAGAUGUCAACAACCCAUGGGGUGUGGCUCUCAAUGACAACUGCACUAAGAUUGCUGUGGCACAGGGUGAGAAAAAAAGGUCUGUGAGUGUGUUCAGUAUUGAUACCAAAGGGCAAAUAACUUUAACUGAUGUGAUAAAAGACAAAGAUGGGAAACAGUUGUUCAAUUCACCAUAUAAAGUGGCAUAUAUGAGUAACGAGUCCCUUGUUGUCAGUGAUACAUCAAACCAACUUCACAUCCUAACCCCAUCUGGUGACCCACUGUAUCAGUACACAGGACCUGAAAACAAGUUAGGUCAACAUCGUGGUGUCUGUGUUGAUGCAUAUGACAACAUACUGGUUUCUGAUUAUGAUAACAACUGUAUACACCUUGUAUCCCAAGAUGGGAAGUUCAUCCAGUACAUAGCAACCAAAGCUGAUGGACUAUAUAAACCAUGGGGAUGUGCAAUCAACCAAGAUGGAGAUCUGGUUGUGACUGAACUUGAUGGGAAAGUGAAAGUAUUUCAAUACUUGGAAAUGUGACGUGCUUUAAAAUGCUCAGAAACUGAACAUUAUGAAGUUUUUUUGUCUAUUUCACAAAAAUGGUAUUAUAUUAUGAAUAAAUUAAAAUUUUGUAUUGCACAAAUGACAUGAAAAGGAUCUUUUCCAUAUAAUGAAAUGCUGAUAAUAUGCGCAUGUAAAGAAAUGUAAGAUAUGACUGUGUGAGAUAUUUCUUGAAGAUGUUCAUUUACAGGCUAUUUAGUGCAUGUGAUGACAGGAAUCAGACAAUUGCCUGCAGCACCAGUAACAACUGAUGUUUGUUUUUAUACCAUAAUUGAAUAAUAUGCUUAUCUUCAGCACCAAUAAGCAC